CGGGAAUAAACCACCAGGAUGAAUCAAAUGUUUGCAACAUUGAUACUAUUUGUGCUCUUCUGUGUAAGAGAGCUACAAGCAGAAAGUACCAGACAGUUUCAGACGUACCACGACAGUACAGGUCCAACGUUCAAAUUGACAAACACACCCUGUCAGCAAACAAAUAACAUACUGGACGUCAUCAUAAACUGUACCCGGGUUUCAUUGGAUCGUGUUAAUUCAAGUUGGUUUCCUCUAAAUACAACCGUUAUUUACUUGGAUUACAAUCUUUUGACUGAAAUAAAAAACGAAACGUUUAAAAACUUAACACAGUUACGUUUUUUAAGUAUAAGGUAUAAUAAAAUAUACAAGAUACAUACAAAUGCAUUUUCUGGCCUUACGAAUCUGGAAGUCCUAAACCUAGAGUAUAAUGCUCUGGAGUUUGAUAACAACAGCUAUCCAGACGGCAUAUUUUCUGUACUCAUUAACUUAAAGGAACUCUAUCUGAGACAAGACACAAAUUACAUCAAGAGUGAAUACCCUUCAUGUUUUCUUUGUCCACUAACAAAUUUGACCACUCUGUCUAUAGACAGUAUAGGAGAAACGGUCAACUUAGGACCAGAGUUUAAAAAACUUGGUAAACUCACACAUUUUGUUUUGAAUGUUUGUUCCAAUUCUAUUUCUGAAAGCGCGUUUAAAAAUUUAAAUCAUUUAACGGACUUAACAAUAGAUGGCUCGGAUACCUUUUCUAAUUUUAGCAAUACGGCCCUCGCCUAUUUACCUUUGUUAGAUAGCUUUACGCUCAUGUCUACAAAUUUACGAAAAAAAGAAGCCUUACAUAGCCUCAAACCACUAGUAGGAAGAAAUAUGACUUCGAUCAGAUUUUUAAGAGUUAUUUUAGGUUCCCAUUCAAAAUAUUCUAGUUAUACAUUGCAAGAAUGUGUGCUUGAUUUAGAUAAAACGAAGUAUCUAAUCCAAAUUUGUGUCCGUAGUUUUGAGUUCAGUUAUUCCAAUCUAAUUAUUCUUGAUCAGAAUGCUUUAAUUAGUACAACAUGGAGUUCGUGUUUAGAAUAUUUGAACUUAUCUCAUAAUAUGUGGAUUGGAAAUAACAUAGCGUUUAUUAGAUUAUUCACUUUGAGAAGGUUAGAGAAUAUCUACGUCGAUAGAAAUUUCUACGGACCUACCACACCACGUAAGUUUGAAAUAUCUGACUACUAUCUUUCUGAAAAUAAACAUCUACACCAGUUAAAGUCCAAGGAAACGGAAAAUAUAAUUUGUUAUGAAACGGAUGUUAAGAGAAAAAACAAGACGAAAUUUAAAGGUCUUAUAUUUUAUGGAUCAAAAUCAUUGAAAUAUCUUAACGUCAGAAAAUCGAUUGACAGCGCUAGAUUAAAUAUUAAUAUCUCGUUUGUUGGGAUGGAAAAUCUAGAAUACCUUGAUUUCACUGAUAACGGAUUUAAGGCCGCUUCAGGAAAAUUUGAAGGUUUAACAAAACUUAAAACAAUAUUAGCUUCAGGAAACCAAUUAUCAGAUUUUUCUCCAACAUUUUUAGAUUCAGUCCCAAAUGUCGAAAAUUUAGCUUUGGCAAAUUCUAAAUUUGACUUAAAUAGUUUUCAAUCUAACAGCUCAAGAAUUUUUCUGAAUUUAAAAUCGCUGAAGCGUCUAGAUUUAUCUUUAAAUUCUCUGAGUUUUCUCGCACCAAACACUUUUUCUACUAACCCUAACCUGACAGAACUUUAUCUGGUAACCAACAGGUUUACUGAAAUUCCUUUCAAUCUUAAGCUGACACCAAACUUGCGUGUACUUGACCUUAGGGAAAAUGCUAUUUCGACAUUUGAGGAAGACAUAACAUUUGGACUUGAUGAAUUGGCUCAGAAAAAUGGAAAAUUCAUACUGCGCUUAGCAGGAAACGAUUUAUUAUGUGCCUGUGUGAAUUUCUUUUUCGUCAAGUGGAUUCUUACAACAAAUGUAGAAAUAGAUUUUGAUUCUAAUUUGUUGUGUGUCAACGAAUCUGGUUUGUAUUCUCAUCUAGAUAAACAUUUGAAUAUUGGUACGUUUUGGCGUCAGUGUAUGGGUCAGCAAUAUCUUUAUUUCUCUGUUGUUAUUUUGUGCGUCAUCGCUAUAAUAUUUUUGUUGUCUUUUGUCGUCAUGCGGUGUAAGCUAUACAUUGUAGCUUAUGUUGCUCAAAUACUUGGCACUGUACCACGUAGGAGAUUAACAGAUUUUCAAAACCACGUAUUUAUAGUUUCAUCUCCCAACGAAAAUUUUGUUACAGUUUUAGGCAACUACUUAAAGCAAACUUUUUUUCUGAACACUCGAGACUCCAGAGAUCUUGAGCCAGGACGUCCAGAAUAUGAAGAUUUGUUUGCUGAGAUCAACGUCACCUGGCGUGUAAUUCUAGUUGUAACUGUUGAGUUUUUUCACGACAAUAAUUUCCAGUUGCUCUACACCCUGGUGUUGAACAGUAUGUCACAUGACAACCCGGGAAAGGUGCUUCUGCUUUAUGAAAGAAACGUACAGCUAAAUGUGGAUUUAAUUAACGCGAUUGGGGAAGAUAAUAUCCUCGAAGUUCCAUUAUGGCAGAUGACACCAAAUAUGGAUGAGUUUUUGUAUGAUAGAAUUUUUAUUGAUUGUUGAUGUGUGAUCAGUAACAGGAAGACUAUGUAUAUUAAAAUGUGACAUUAAUUUUUUAGGAUAAAAUAGGAUUAUUAAUGCAAUAUAGUAUACUAAAACUUGUCAUUAAAUCUGUGUUCGAAAGUUCAUAAUAACAAAUACAUGAUAACUAAAGCUUUGAAAUUAUAAUUCCCCAUAUUUUCUGGUUUAAAUGUGAUGGAUAAAUGUGUGAAAAAACGUAUUGUCUUUUGUGCAUAGUAUACAUUUUUUGGAAGCGACUAUUAAAGGUUCACAGCGUUGCUGUUUUAAAAUUUUAAUUUAUUUCCUCUCUGCUUUAAAAGUCUACUAAGAAAUGGAAGUACACUGUUUUGUGCAGAAAUUAGCGCAAUUUCGAAUUAUUUUUGCGUGAAUGAAGUCUUUCUGUAUGACCACAGUUUUAUGAUCAACUUCAACAUUUUCUUUAAUAAAAGCUUGGUCUCUCAUGAUAUCUCUUAUUUCACAUUCUUAUCAUCUCUUCUAUGAAGUAUGUCAACAUAAGGGUACCCCAUAACUUUAUCUUAGGUCCAUUCCUCUUUUAUUCAUAAAUAAUAAAUGAUCUUCCAUAGCAUAUUGAGGUUGGUCAGUGGGAAAUGUUUGCUGACGAUAAUUCUUUGCAUGUUUUUGUGAACUGCAUUCAACCAUUUUAGUGCCAGCUACAAAGAAUGAACGCCAACUUGUCAACUGUACAAGAAUAAACAAAACGCAACUUCACUCCAAUAAAACAAUGCUCAUUACUACACAUCAGGAACGUCAAGAUCUUCCAUCUACUUCAUUACAUAUUACUAUAGAAAAUAAAAUACGCGAACAGGUUACCAGCUAUAAAAGAAUGGGGCUGAUAAUAGAUCACAACCUUACCUUGUGCAAACAUAUGCAUACUCUAAAAAUGUCCUUAUUAAAGGCUACGUUUUAAUUAGAUAGGAUAAACAAUUUUGUCUAUUAUCAGAGCACUUGAUUUUUACUAAGCUUUCAUAUAGUCUGUGAGGUUAUGCUUCUAUCUUAUGGAGUGGCAGCUACAUAACAAUACAUCAUCCUCUUUUAACCUACCAAACAAAGGACAUAAGACUGGUGACU